UAAUGCCGUGUAUGACAUCAAGAAAGCAUAUGGGGUGAUGAGAGCAAGUUGGCAGGGUGAUCCAUGCGUUCCUACACAGUACUCAUGGAAUGGUCUGAAUUGUAGCUAUGAUAGUUCUCCAAGAAUCAUCUCAUUGAACCUGAGCUCUAGUGGACUGAAUGGACUUAUAGCUACAUCGAUCUCCAAUUUGACAGCAGUUGUAUCCCUGGAUUUAUCCAACAAUUCAUUAACUGGGUCCGUGCCAGACUUUUUAGCACAAAUGCCGAGCUUGAGAGUUCUGAAUUUAAGUGGAAACAACUUGAAUGGCUCUCUUCCUAGAACUCUCUUGAAGAAGAAGGCAGAUCGAUCGUUGCUACUAAGCUUAGAUGGAAAUCCAAAUCUUUGCCAAUCAGACAAUUGUCCAACCAACAAUGUGCAGCCAAAGAAAAAGGGCAUAUCUGUUGCUCCAAUCAUUGCAUCGGUCACAGCUGUUCUGGUGUUGAUUUCAUUGGGAGCUCUUGCAGUAUUGUGGAUAAUCAAAAGAAGACAAAUCCAAAAGGGUGCUGCUAUUACUACUACCACCACUUUUGGAGGAUCUACCGGGACACUAAGGUUGUCAAAAAAUCAACAUUUUACAUCCACUGAGGUUGCAAGAAUUACUGAUAACUUUAGAACAGUAAUUGGAGAGGGAGGAUUUGGGAAAGUUUACUUUGGCAGGCUUGACAAUGGCACUGAAGUCGCAGUAAAAAUGUUAUCCCAAUCAUCAAAGCAAGGCUACAAGCAGUUUCACACAGAGGCCCAACUCCUGAUGGUCGUUCACCAUAGAAAUCUGGUUUCACUAAUUGGAUAUUGCGAAGAAUUUGAAAACAUGGCGCUGAUUUACGAAUUCAUGUCCAACGGAAAUGUGCGGCAACAUUUGUCAGCACACAACCCAAAUGUUUUGAGUUGGAGCCAGAGACUACAAAUCGCAAUCGAUGCAGCUCAAGGGUUGGAGUACCUGCAUAACGGCUGCAAACCUCCUAUUAUCCAUAGAGAUCUAAAGACCCCCAAUAUUUUACUAAACGAGAACAUGCAAGCAAAGAUUUGUGAUUUUGGAUUAUCAAAAGCAUUUGUAAGGGAGCAGGAUUCUUAUAUUUCGACUUGUCCAGCAGGGACGCCUGGUUAUCUCGAUCCGGAAUUUCAUAUACUUGGACACUCGAGCCAGAAGAGCGACAUAUACAGCUUCGGCAUAGUUUUAUUUGAGUUAAUCACAGGCCACCCUGCCAUUAUAAAAAGUCCGGAGGGCAGCAUGCACAUACUUCAGUGGGUAACUCCACUCAUAGAAAGAGGGGACAUCCAAAGCAUUGUCGAUCCGAGGUUAAAUGACCAAUUCAACAUCGGUUCUGCACAGAAAGCGGUGGAAAUAGCCAUGUCGUGUGUACCAACGAAAGUGGUCCAAAGGGCAGACAUAAACCGUGUUUUGUCGGAACUAAAAGAAUGCUUGACGGUGGAGAUCAGUUCAGGAAGAAGCCAAAGAAUGGGAAAUAGUAAGAGUAGUGAGUUUGAUACAACCGCAAUAGAGCUUGAUAGUCCUCCGUCUGCACGUUAACUAUACUUCGUACAUGGGGUUAU